GCGCAAGGGGCGCUUGUUUGGGGGGAGGGGGAAUUGAACACUGGAGAACCUCCUUUUUGUGGUUGUCUUGAAAAGUCCGGGGAACUCGUUCUUGUCAUUAGCACGGUUUCGGCUGCUGUACCUUCUGUGUCCCUUCUGCAGCCUUGUUUAUUGUUGUGUUUGUUGUGAAAUUCAAAUUACUCUGAGAGUAUAUUCUUUUCUUCUUUCUCUUUUUUUUUUCUUGCGCCUUGUUGCCCGACCUUCGACCAACCCCGGUGCGCCUAGUUGCUGUACAGUUGUCAAACAAACCCCCGCCGUCGUUGUUUGCGGCCCUGCCAAUCUUUAAUAUCCGCCUCUUUAUGUCCCUCGCGCCUAAAUCUCCGCGAUAUUCCCUCAUUUGACGCACGCAGUAGGCCUUUGCGACCUUCCAUUCUUUAUCUGGACCUCGGAGAGCGUCAAGCUAUUUCCUCCCGUUUCAUUUGACUCCAAUCUAUACGACUUAAAUGAGUCGCUUGUUGGUUCAGUUCUCCGCGCUACUUCACUCUCAUCCUUAAGUCGAUAGUGGAAAUUCACACAAUAUGGCGCGCCCCCGAAUUGUUCGCGCUGACACUCUUGAUCUUCAAGACCAGCAUGCACCCUCGGCUAAAGAUCACUCAAAACAGAACAUAGCCGUAGGCAGCGGUUUUGGUCCCCACCAGGAGCAGUCCAUUCGACACGCCGAUCAAGACACAAGAACAGAAGUGAUGCAUGGGCCCUUGACCGAAGAAAAUCAUCUAGAUGAAUAUCGCGACGGUAUCGAUAUAUACGAUGACGAUGAUGAUUUUGAUGACGACUUAGGGCAUAGUCAGCACGUUGGAGGCUCAGAAGAUGGUGACCUAGCAGACGGAGAAGGUGACGAUGAUUUGUUGGAUGAUGAUCUAAUGGAUAAAAUCUCGAGCUCCCCAUCUAUCGACGACGAGGAUAUCGACUUCGAGUUUGUUUAUGCGCUUCAUAACUUCGUGGCAACUGUUGAUGGACAAGCCAACGCGGCAAAGGGUGACACUAUGGUCCUUCUGGAUGACAGUAACAGCUACUGGUGGCUUGUUCGAAUCGUCAAAGACGGCAGCAUUGGGUAUUUGCCUGCCGAGCACAUUGAGACACCUACCGAAAGAUUGGCAAGAUUAAACAAACACAGAAACGUCGAUCUUUCCGCGACCAUGCUGGGAGACAACUCGGAAAAGUCUAAGAAUCCACUGAAGAAAGCAAUGCGCCGUAGGAACGCGAAGACCGUAACGUUUACGAGCCCAACAUACAUAGAAGCUUCUGACAUAGAGUUUUCCACGGAUGACGAACUGGACGAUGUUGCUUCUUUGGCCGACGCGGAUGGAUUGCGAGGGGAUGUUGACGACUUGCAAGAGAGUGAACAUGAGGACAUUGUUGUCGAGCCUCUCAGACCGAAGUCGCAAAGAGACAAGGCAAGCGAGGAUUUGGAAACGGUACACGAGGCGAAAGAAUCUGAUCGGGCCAGCCCCGAGAUACAACGAUCUAGUGCGGAGUUGUUGGAAUCUGAAGAUUCAUUCUUCAAGGAUGACACCGUUGAGACGAAGAAAAUUUCUCUUACACCAAACCUCCUCCGCGACGAGGUUGGCAGUAGUAGCGUGGCCAAUGACGCAAGAGAGACCCGUGGGAGCAUGGAGGCUGUCGAGAAAGCUCUCAGUGCAUAUGAUAAGAACAAGGACGACAAAAAGCGCAAAGACAAGAAACCAGGGAUGCUCAGUGGCUUGUUCAAGAGAAAGGACAAAAAGACUAAGGCAGCCGAAGAAGAGACUGAUGAAACAGAAAAGACUUCGGGUGAAUUGUCUCGAUCUUCGCCACAGCCUAAGACGUCGUCAGAGUCUAUUUCGUCUCCCGAGUCCAAAUCCCCUAACCCUCUCCUGGUGCAGAAACAGCCCAGCAAGCUGCAGAAGCAGUCUCCGGUCGCCCAGGCUCCUUCGAGGAAUGGCGUGGAGCAGGAACGAGUGACACAGAGAUCAGUGGAGGCCAAUGAAGAUGUGAACGUUGUGCAGAGCCAGAGGAACGAACAAACGAUACGACAAGUAGCGUCUGAGGACGAUAUCCCACAGUCCCCUGUCUCGACCAAUCUUCAGCAAGACCAACCUUUGUCCUCUCCCAUUCGGACCUCAAGCCCGCUGAAGAAACUCAACACUGCACAGCCAAAUUCGGGAGGUACGGUAGCAUCUCCUACCGAGCCUCACUAUUUACAACACUCUGUUGCCUCUCCACCGCAGAAGUUCCCUCCAAGGCAGGAUGUGGGAUACCAAGGCCUCCGUGGAAUCUCACCUGCGGAAGUUUCUCCAGUGGAUAUCUCCCCGGUGGAAGGCCCAUCUUCGCCAGGUGCACCGGGGAUGACGAUGGAUCCAUCAUCGCCUGGAGGCUUCCCCGUCUCCCCGGUAUCCCCGCCUUUGUCUCCAGCUGUCGAGAGCAACGGUAGCAGGAAUCUCGAUGCAGAUAGGACGUCGUUCGACAUAGGGUCGGCCGAUACACCUACAUGGAGCGAUGCUAGCCUGCGAUCUUAUCUAGACGAUGAAAGCGACAUCCGCGAUCUGUUCAUCAUCGUUCAUGAUAACUCCAACGUCCCUCCUGCUGGGCCUGAUCACCCAAUCACUGGCAGCCUGUUCAAGGAAGAGAGCAAGCGACUGAAGGAAAUGAACAGCCAGUUGGACUCGAUGCUAGCCGACUGGGUUGGCCGAAAGAUGCGGAAGUCUAUAAGCCAAUAA